AUGUUCUUCACAGCCUUCCUCGUCGCGUUCGUGACCUGGCCUGCACUUGUGGUCUCGCUCUCAAUUCAGCUGACACCGAGCCAACGCAAUGUGACCCGCGGCGAAACGACCGAGUUCCACUACAAGCCCAAAGACGAUACUGUAAGUACACCCAUAUCACUCACCCAUUAUGACGGUGCUAAGGGAUUCACGCAGCGCACGAACGUGACCGUCAUCGACACCUUGACAAACAAGACCUAUCACAUUAUCGACAACGCUGUGAAUGGUACAGUCAAGUGGGCUGUCCCCGAUGAUCUGGAGGUGCGCGGUGGCUACUUCUAUGUGGCGUCGCGAAAGGUCAACAACGCUACGAUCACCGUUACGUCCGACUCCGAGUUCCAAGUGCUGGAGAAGCCGAGGCCGAAGCCUUCGAAGGCGCCUGGAGAUAAGGGCGUGGGUGCAAUGUUGCAUCCUGUGGGUAUUGUCGGUUCAGUGUUGUUGGCUGGGCUCGCCGUGCUGGGUUUGUGA